AGUAGAGUUGAUAGUGAAAGAAAAAGCAAAGAAUAAUCUUGUGGCUGAUUUUGAAACGUACUAUAAAUUCAAUAGUGAGCUGUCCAAAAAAUGAAUUAAAUAGUGUAAAAUGGCAGUGAGGAAAGGCCUUUCUUUCCCGCUCAAAAACAGACAAUCCGUGUUGACACGAGGGGGGACAGGAGGGAGGGCAUGUCUUCUUAAUACAGUUAGUUGGUAACACUGAUGAAGAUAAGAUUAGUUUAGUCCUUUAAGGAAAACAAGAUCCAAAGCAACCGUAGCAAGAAGCUGUGGAAGAAGAAGAAAAUGGUGUAUUCUUCACUUCCACUUCCAGUACUCUCAUUCCCUUUCAUUCCCAAAAGGAGGCCAAAAUGCUUUUCUGAAAGAAGCACUGCACUACAAGAAUACGAGCAAGAGGAGAGCAUUGGGACAGUGAAUACUGCAUCAAUCACGAACAACACCGUUUUGUUCAGCAAUUCACCAGUGCUUCAGCAGAGUGGCCUACCUCCUCUAGUCAGUGCAUUGAAAGCCUCAGCUGAAGAAAAUGCUGCCAGCUUUCACUUUCCAGGACACAACAGAGGCCAUGCCGCUCCUUCUUCGUUGACUCAACUCAUUGGAGUAAGACCAUAUGCUCAUGAUUUGUCUAGCAUUCCAGAGCUUGACAACCUCUUUUGUCCCCAAGGGCCCAUAUUAGAAGCACAAAGAGAAGCAUCCAAACUGUUCGGAUCAUCAGAGACAUGGUUUCUUGUCAACGGUACUACUUGUGGAGUCCAGGCAGCAAUAAUGGCAACCUGUUCACCGGGAGAAUAUCUGAUUCUUCCUAGGAAUUCUCAUUUAUCAGCUAUAUCUGCCAUGGUUUUAUCUGGUGCAUCGCCUAAGUACAUUAUUCCUGACUAUAAAAAUGAUUGGGACAUCGCUGGUGGCGUCACUCCAUUACAGGUAUUGAAUGCUAUCCAGGAACUAGAAUUGGAAGGAAAGAAAGCAGCAGCAGUUUUCAUCACUUCACCUACUUACCAUGGUGUUUGCAGUAACUUGAGUGAUAUUUCUGCUUUGUGUCAUUCUCGUAAAAUUCCUUUGAUUGUUGAUGAAGCUCAUGGAGCACAUCUAGGAUUACAUUCUGAACUGCCUAGCUCAGCCCUCCAGCAAGGGGCUGAUCUAACUGUACAAUCUACUCACAAGGUUCUUUCCUCUCUUACUCAAUCGUCUAUGCUGCACAUGUCGGGCGACAUUGUAGAUAAGGAAAAAAUAUCUAGGUGUCUCCAAACACUGCAAAGCACAAGUCCUAGUUACCUUCUUUUGGCAUCCCUAGAUGCUGCUAGAGCUCAACUUAGUGAAAGCCCUGCUAUUGUAUUUAAACAAGCGAUUGAAUUAGCAAAUGAAGCAAAGUUUUUGCUAAAACGAAUCCCUGGCGUCUCAGUGCUUGAGAAUUCAAGCUUUCCAAAUUUUCCCGCAUUUGAUCCAUUCCGGCUUACUGUAGGCUUUUGGGAGCUUGGUUUAUCAGGUUACCAAGCAAAUGAAAUCUUAUGCAGGGAUUUUGGAAUCGUCCGUGAGCUUGUUGGGUAUAAAUCUAUCACUUAUGUACUUAAUCUUGGAACUUGUAGAGACCAUGUCCAAAGGCUUUUAUUGGGAGCAAAGCAUCUAGCUGCAGUAUAUUCUUCCAUUCAGCAACGUAAAGACAAAGUACUUACUGAUCAUGCACCCUUUGAUGAUAUAAUCAUGAGCUUGACACCUAGAGAUGCAUUCUUUGCAAGUAAAAGAAAAGUAAUGGUGAAAGAGAGCAUUGGUAAGGUUUCGGGGGAGCUUAUAUGUCCAUACCCUCCAGGCAUACCGGUAUUGAUCCCAGGCGAGGUUAUUACUGAGAAAGCAGUCGAUUAUCUACUCCAUGUAAGAAGUGAAGGUGCUGAUAUUAGUGGAGCAUCUGAUCCCUUACUUUCCUCGAUAGUUGUCUGCAAUGUAUAGUAAACAGCUGGUGACAGUUAUUACUAAUUAGAUAUAACAGUUAGCUAAAUCAGUUAGUUAUAGUAUAAUUAUACUAAUUACUUGUUCUUGUUUUUGGCUAUAGAAACCUUAUGUACUCCUUGAUGUAGUUUAUAUUAUCAAUAUAAUUUUUCAA